AUGUCAAGUUGCCUCUUGCCUACUGGUGAUUACAGCUCUAAAGAUUCAUACGAAACCGAAUGCACCAGUGAUGAUGGCCAACCGGCACUUGAAGCUGAGGCAACACGUCUGAAUAAUGCGGAAUCGGUAUUCUGCGAAAGUGACACCCCUGCCAGUUGGUACUGCCCAUACUCUAUAGCGUCGACCCCAAGCUCAAUAGCCAUUGACGGAAUGUGCGCCGCAUAUGAACAACAUACCGCAUAUUUUGGGCAAUAUACUGACAAGACGUGUUAUGCCGUCAACGAGUAUGCCAAGGAGAGGGCUUUGUCCGAUAAGAGUUUGCCCGCUACUUUCGACAACGAUGAAGGACGCGAGGUAUAUGAACGCACCGUUGCAGCGCAGUUCAAGCAAGUGAAGAAGAAGGGUUGCCUGUAUCCUUUCGAAACUAGGUACGAUUACCCCUAUUACUGUGGAUACCCCAGUAAGGGAAAGUGUAAAUUCUGAGGAGGGAGCGCGAUGA